AUUACACUGGGUAUGUUGUUGUUAUUGUUGUUGUAGAUCCAAGAAUAUGGAUUGUACACGGUCUUGUAAAAUUGUUUUUCUUAAUUUAAUCAUGCUUUGCUCCAACAGUGAUUUCUUUGGAACUACUGAUCCCUCGUCUGCAUGCUCUUUUCUUUUUGGAAAUAUUCAGUGAAGUCUGAUUUAGGAAGUAAUGGAACUUAUACACCCUCAUUAAUACAGAGAUUUUUUUUCAUUAAAAAAACUAUAGAAUGGCCUAUAUUUUCUGUAUAAUAGCUCUGAUUUGCCCAAGAUAGUUGUACAAGUGAUCCGUACCCUGCAAAAAUCAUUAACUGAUAGGGAUUGUUUCGGUGGGCAUACAUCAGCAGGGAAAAAUGUGAUUUCUCUUUUUUAUUAAUUUUUUCUUUCAGUGGAGUAUCUUUUAAUUGAACUAACCUUGUCUGAGUUGAUUUAGAACCUUGAGAAAACAAUUGAUGACAGCGAAGGAGGCGAGAAGAGUUGAUGUGCUGUGUUUAAGAAUCUCUCUAAGCCAUAAGAUCCUGGAGAAAACUGAGAAAUACAAAGGACUGCUGAAACUUGUUGAAUUGGCUGUUGAGAUGCUGAAGAACGAAGUAGGGCCUCUUGCACAGGCGUCAGAGAAGAUGGAUCGCAGGAUAGUGAACAGGCUUUCUUGUGGUACCGCAGUUCAGAAGCUGUGUGGUUCUGCAGUGGAAGCUUUUGAUUCCAUGUUUCCCAACCAACACUUUAAUCCUAUGACAAAGGAAGAGCAUUUGAUGCCUUGCCGGAUACACUUUGAGGAGCUUUCUCCGUCUAAAGUAACCAUUGUCUUCAAAUAUGAUGAUCGUAUGCUGAAAGAACUAAUAGGCUUCAAAUUGUGGUAUCGAAAGUCCAUUGCAGACAAAUAUCCAGAUGAAGCAACUUUUAUUGCACUAAGCCCUGCGACGAGAUUUAUGCUGGACGGUCUUGAUCCUUCCAUGCAGUACUUCUGCAAGGUUUCUUUCUUCAGCAAGACAACGACUUUGGGGGUUCAGGAAGUAACAUGGGUAACACCUGCCGUGCACACGAGCUGUAAGUCGGGUUCUGAUGAAGUACAAAGGGAGAAAGAACAUGCUACUACAGAUAGUACAGUGAUGCAUGCCGAGUCAAUGAGUUCUACUGACAACAAACUAACAACUUAUGAUCCAAAUGCCAAUGCAUUUCCUACAUCCCCUCUUUCGAAGAUGCUCAUUCCUUUAGCAAGUCCAGUUUCAAGUGCUCCAGCCACUCCUUGCCAAACUGAUGGGUCAAAGGAAACACAAUUGAGUGAUUACGAGUACUCUGUAGGAAUCAUCAGAAAGUUGGAGCAUGAAGGGUUGAUAGAAACAGAUUUCAGAGUGAAGUUCUUGACUUGGUUCAGCUUGAAAGCCACAACACAAGAGAGAAAGGUAGUUAGAGUUUUCAUAGACACCUUUAUCGACGACCAUUCAAGUAUGGCGGGGCAACUUAUGGAUACGUUCAUGGAUGAGAUAUGCAGGGAGCAGAAAGUCGCCCGACAUGAGCUCUGCAGUAGAUUCUGGCAUUAAACAAACAUCUACCUUCUGAAAUUAGCUAGGGAAAUACAAAGCACGUCGUUUUGAAAAUUUACACCGUUGAUGAUCCUACUAACCAAUCUUUGACAACUUAUGUUCUGAAUUUUUUUUCUUGUGAAUCGUAUCCGCAAAUGUAAUAUCUAGAGAUGCUAGAGGGUUGAAUUUGUUUAGUUACUUAUUAUUUAAGGAUAACAUUUCCAGAAUGAUGGGAAACCUUCUUCAUGAUCCAAUGUUUGUGGAUAUAAGUAAUCUUGGGAGAUUUCUUCA